CACUCCAGAGACCCCGCCCUGUCCCCAUGGCUGUGUAUGGCUCCGCUCACUGUACCACCGCUGCAGAACCAUGUCACGUACGGCACGUUGACAAGGUCAGUCUGAGCUGAACGGACCCGAACCCGAACCCUGGAGAUAUUCGGAGGGAACCAGAAAACGGAGGGGGCGUGGCUCUCUGCUCGAGCAGACAGGAGGAGCAAAAACCAAAACAGACCCGUUAAAAACCUCCAAGUCUGUUUAUUUUUCUUUGCUAACAUUUCCUCCGAGUGCUGCAAACUAAGAUGCCGUGAAUCACCGAACCGGACCUCAGACUUGUAGAGGAAAUGGAGAAAGCUACCGGCUUCCCGUCGGACCGACGCGUGCUGUGUCUGUUUGAUGUGGACGGCACUUUGACACAGCCGAGAGAAAAAAUCGACCCAAAGCUGGAUGAGUUCUUCCAGACUCUGCGCAGGAAAGUGAAGAUCGGCAUCGUGGGGGGGUCAGACUACCCAAAAAUCGCAGAGCAGCUCGGGGAGGGAGAUGAUGUCAUCCACAAGUUUGAUUAUGUGUUUGCCGAAAAUGGAACGGUUCAGUACAAAGAUGGAAAACUACUCUCAAAACACGCGAUUCAGAACCAUCUUGGGGAGGAGCUGCUGCAGGAACUCAUCAACUUCUGCCUCAACUACAUGGGGCUCAUCAAGCUGCCAAAGAAAAGGGGGACUUUCAUCGAGUUCAGGAACGGCAUGAUUAACGUUUCUCCCAUCGGUCGGAGCUGCACACUGGAGGAGCGAAUAGAGUUUUCUGAAAUUGAUAAGAGGGAGAAGAUCAGGGAGAAAUUUGUUGCUGCACUGAAGGAAGAGUUUGCUGGAAAGGGGCUGCGCUUCACUAGAGGUGGUCUGAUCAGUUUUGAUGUAUUUCCUGAAGGCUGGGACAAGAGGCUUUGCUUAGACCUGCUGGAGAACGAAGGCCUAGAUGCCAUCUACUUCUUUGGAAAUGAGACCUCAGAUGGAGGAAAUGAUUAUGAAAUCUUCAACGACCCACGAACCAUCGGUUUCACCGUCUACUCCCCCGAGGACACGGCCAGACUCUGUCAAGAACUGUUUUUGGAUUCUUCACCGCGUGACUCCAGACGUUCAGACUCAAACUCUUCACCAAUAAUCUCCUCUGACCUGUAUCACAACCAGUGUCCUGAACCCAGACUAAUCGUGAAGUGUUGAACAAGGUACCACUGAUGUUAUUAUUAAUAUUAUUAAAUGGUAAUCAAGAGCUGUUGGGGAAGAUGACAGCAUAUCUUUGGUAAAUUGCACUUUUUAUUUAAGGGAUGGUGACUGGAAGUGUUGUUGGACUGUUGGACUGUAUAACCAGGAAUUAACAAGAACAAAGAAGAGAGUUAAAGCUGCUUUCCGGAGUUUUCCUCCUUUCAGAAAUGAUGUAUGAUUUUUCAGAAAUCCGUAAAAGUGAUUAUCUCAUCAUGUACUGUGAUAAAAUGCACGCAAUAUGUCUUUUUUUUUUUUGAUAAGCACGCCCCCUGCCCCGCAGAGCUCCAUUCAAUAGGAAACUGAGCGCUGACCAGAACUAACCAAUAGCGUUAGACUACCGCUUAUUUGCUUCAAAUUUAAGGAAUGCCUCGGUUGAUGCAGAGUUCAUGAACUUUUCACAGACAAGAAAGUCUUUAAAAUAUAAAUAUAUGAAAACACAACAUGACAUGAGAAUAAUACUCGUAAAACAACGUGUUUCAGCUCUUGUUUGUCAGCUAAGAAGCGCAUUUAUAAACAGAAACAUGA